AGUGAAAAGUCAGUGCAACUCCGAAGCCAGUGGUAGGCCACGAAGAAUCCUUUCCCAGAACUGCACCACGAGCAAAGUGCGCAAAGUGACGUGAAGGUGAACGAUUGUGUGCCUGCACCGAGUGUGUUUUGGUGUGUGAAAGGCCACUCGCCUGGUUUACCGGCCUUCUCACACCAGCGGCGGCGGCGGUUGAUUGCCAGGUUGCACGGAGAAGCUAUUAACCCUGCCCCGAACGCCAUGGAUAUCGUGCGAGCCGCCAGCGAUAUGUUCUGGUCGACGAAGGUUUGGCUGCCGCCGAAUGUCACCUGGGAAGACAUUCGGCCCGGCGUACGACCGGAUGUAAGCCACGCCGACUACCGGCACCUGAUCUACCCGAUUCCGCUGGCCGUUGUCAUCAUGAUGCUUCGGUCCCUGGUCGAACGGUUUUGGAUUGCACCGAUCGGCAAAGCAAUUGGUAUCAAGAGCACUGGACCAAAGCCACCGAAAGCUAACAAAACGCUCGAAGCAGCGUACAAUUCCAACAAUCGGCUGAACCACAAAACGACGUUGCGCCUCACGAAGCAGUUGGACAUGACGGAGCGACAGGUGGAGUACUGGUGGCGGCGGCGACGGGCCCAGGACAAACCGACGACGCUGGUGAAGUUUUGCGAAACCUCGUGGCGGUGCAUCUACUACACGUACAGCUUCAUCUUCGGUUGCAUCGUAAUGUGGGACAAAUCGUGGCUGUGGGACAUCAAGCAGUGCUGGUACGGCUACCCGCACCAGUCGGUGUCGAACGACAUCUGGUGGUAUUACAUGAUCUCGAUGGCCUUCUACUGGUCGCUGACCGCAUCGCAGUUCUUCGACGUGAAGCGAAAAGACUUCUGGCAAAUGUUUGCCCACCACAUGAUCACGAUCCUGCUGAUGGCCCUUAGCUGGGUCUGCAACCUGCACCGUGUCGGCUCGCUCGUCCUACUCGUCCACGAUUGUGCUGAUAUUUUCCUCGAGUCGGCGAAGCUGACCAAGUACGCCCAGUACCAGAAGGUGUGCGACACCAUCUUCGCCUUCUUCACCGUGAUCUGGAUCAUCACGCGGCUCAUGUUGUAUCCGCGCAUCAUCUACAGCUCGUCGGUCGAAGCACCCCAGAUACUGCCGAUGUUCCCUGCGUACUACAUUUUCAACACGUUGCUCAUACUGCUGCUGGUGCUGCACAUCGGCUGGACGUAUUUGAUUCUUCAGAUUGUGGUGAAGGCAAUCAAAGCAGGACAGAUGGAGGGUGACGUGCGGUCCAGUUCCAGUGACGAAAUCUCCGAUAGUUCGGAAAAUUCUCGCCCAACCCUUUCGAACGGUGGAACGCCCAAAAAGCAGGCGACACCAAGCAAGAACGGGACGACGGACCGACGGAUGGGUCAGUAAAGGAACGGUGUCUCGCAUUGGGGCACACCACCCGGGCCAUCACUACUCAUCACCAUGAAGCUGGAACAUCACGACGAUGGCAGGCGCAGCUGCCUACGGUGCUGCUGCUUUUGCUGCUUUUGAGUGUUACGGCAGACAAGCCACUGAUCAAAAAGCCCCUGUACCCACAUAUGAAUGAAGGAACAGCCCGUUUAUUCUACUACUUGUUACUGGUCCCUCCUCCUUCUGCUCCUUGUUGCGGUCGACUACCUAUUAUUGCUAAAAACAAACAAAACACAAACCGACAACGUGCGUGCAACAACGCCGUGGCCUUCGCCUCACCAGUGUCUGCUAUCCAUGGCGGUGUUGUUUGGUGCAUAACUAAUGAGAGAGAUGGAUGGUCCACGUUUCGAUCAAGCAACAAGCAAACUACCAAAACGCAAACCGGCGGAGGAAUACUUUUCACGACUCUUGUUUGGUUUUCAGUGCGCUCCGCUACCAACCCUGAUAGGCUGAUAGUUUGUAAGAAAAUGAAGUUAAAACGCCGACGAGGGGAGCAUGAGAAAGCAGCGGGAUGGACUUCGACACGUUGGGCGUUAGAUUAGAGAGGAAGAUCCACUACAAGACGCGCACAGGUUCCGGCGCCACUCUUGCGCCGCGGAACUGAGGCGUAGAACAAUGUCAAACCUAAAGAAACAGUAGAGAGUAAGGUAUUUAUUAGCUUAGUAAAUUGGCAGAAAACAAAACAAAUCCAAGCGCCGCUAUUCAUCAGCGGGACCGCGCUGCGCCGGGCGAAGGAGACAGUGGACAGUCGGGACAUCAUGAUAAACCGACGGUAACGAUCGAUCCGAAGAGAGAGAGAGAGAGUAAACGCAUAUGAUCGCUGUUACUGCCGCUGCGACAGUUGAACACGCUGUGUUGAAGCAAACGAGCUUCGCGCGGGAAAUAAUAAACUGUUUGUACAUUACUCUGCUACACUAGAAGCGACUAAACAAAUCAAACCGAAACAGAUCGAAAUCCACAUGGGCAAACGGUGGGCCCCCGGCAGUUGGCCAAGUUGGCUACGGCAUGGAAGUUGAUUGCAAUAAAAUCCAUUUUUGGAUAUCUAUCUAAAACAUAGAGCGAGACCAACACCGAACCGAACACAUUCCGUUACCGCUUCGAUUCGUGCGUGCAAACUAUGAUUAAGAAUGUUUUCUUGGUGUCUUCGAUGUUUCCAUUGGCGUCGAAAAGGAAGUAAAAAGAGAUAGCAAAAUAGAUUGCAAACCCGUAAAUGGCCCUCAUUGUCAUUUUUGUGAACAUUCGAAUUGGUUUUCUGUGUUUGCUCUGAUGAAUACAAAAGUAUGAGCAUGGCUCACUACGCGCGGAUGUUGAACGAAGUGCAUUUCUAAACUGACAAGGAAGCGAUUCAACGUUGCACAGUAUAGCUGCAUUGGCAGGACUUUAAUUAAUAGGCUUUAAAAUUGGUCUACAAACGAGCCAAAACUUACCGAUGGAUCCCAUUUGAGAAUGCUCGAACAUAAUGCGUCAUGAGUAAAACAGGAGAAGGAUCAUCCGGAAGAGAAGUUGUACAAAAACAAGAGAAUGAUAUAUUUCUCGGUUUGUUUUUUAUUCGGCCCUUUAUCAUAUUCUUUUGGAUAUUUGAGAUCGUUUACAGACAAGUAGCACGCAUUGGCCGACGAAUGGGUUUUAUACCUUUUUCCAAAUGCUUUCUGUGUUACGAGGUAUCAGCUAAUUGUUUGAGUUUGCAAAUAAGUUUGCAGUUUGCAACCGCGCCAGUGAAGGUACUCAAAUCGUCUAUGCGUUCGUAUUAAAAUCACAAACUGGAAGCUGACGGUCGAAAAUGAAAUGAAAUGAA